AUGGAAGAUGCUGGAAAUUCAUUUCUAGAUAACCCGACACAUGUAUUUACACUGCACUAUGUAUUUUUACCCAGAAUCAAUCAAGCACUCCAUGAAUACCAAAGAGCUUUUAAUGAGCAUGGUAUUAGAACAGCUAAUAACUGGUCACCCAAUCAAAUGUGGCUUAAUGGCAUGAUGAAUGAAGAAAAUCCGUUGAAACAUGAUGGUCUAGAUGAAACUCCAGACGAUUUGCAAUAUUAUGGAUAUGAUCCUCAUGCACCUUCACCAUUUGAAGACAGUGAUAACAAUGUUGUUGUUUCUCCCAUUUAUGAAACACCUGACACAAAAUUUAUGAGAGCUCCGCAGAGAGUAAAUCCCUUAAGAGACUCCAAUGAUAUGGGAAUUGAUGUGUACCCAGAAGCACUUACUUUAGUGAAAGAGUUGCUAAAUAUAGAUGAAACACAACAAAUGUAA